CACAAGUUGUACGAGUUCAUAACGCCGCGCUACUCCUCUAGCCUAUAUAACCUCACCUACUUUGUAUAUAUAGUAAUAAUAACUUCAGCUAGACCUGUCCAAGACCACCUUUACUUUGCAGUGACUGCGUCAGCAUAGCUGCUCCACUACCCUCAGUCGGAACGUGCCCUCGGCGCGUGUGCAAUUAUUCAUAAGAAGCCAUUAUUGUUUCCAGAGUCGAUUGCGUAGCGCUGUGGUAAGGAGCUAGUUUCCUUACUACGACAAAGUAACGUCGGCCUGCUGUUACCAGCAAGCCUGCUUUGCCCUCUGCUUGGCCCGAAGCCUACGCAAAGGAAGGCCUUGUUCUAGGGCUCUUAAAAGCUCGGGGCGUUUUGUUUCCUUCGGGAUACCAAGCUAAGAAUGGUGAAGCGGUUUCGCGAGGAGUCCGAGCCCUGCGAGGACUGUGCAACUGGGGAGCCCCAGCUGCUUUCCGAAAAUGAUGAUGUAAGUGAUGUCCACCUUACAAGUGGUGGACAAGCUUCGGCUGUGGAGGACGAGGGCUCGCCAUCGCAUCCUCCAAGGAGCCGCCGCCUUCGGCCUCGGUGGACGCGUGAGGAAGAGGCGGUCCUUGUUGAAGCUCAUUGCGCGCUUGGCAAUGCCUGGUCAGCCAUUGCUGGGUGUCUCCCGGGCAGGACGACUGCGGAAGUGAAGAACAUCUGGCACAGCACCCUCCGCGCCAAGAAGCUUCAGUCUCGCUCCGUCCUGCGCACCUACGUCCGUGUCCUGAAGGAUCGCGCCGACCAGCCCGCUGUUCGCCAGCGCGCCCUCCGUGCCGCCCGCCGCCUCCUCCGCAAGGGCAACGCCUACAAGGCCGAGAAGCAGCAGCGGGAGCUCGAGCAGCAACAGCAGCAGCAACAACAACAAGAGCAGGAGGAUGCCUCUGUCCCUGAGGAACAUCCUGAGGAGCAGCCCCAGCCCCAGCCCCAGCAGUAUCAACACUUGCAACUGCAGCUGCCGGCCCGGUCCCCAUCUCCCGCCGCCCUCCCCACCACCGCCGCCAACCUCUACCACCAGCCGCCGCAGCAGCAGGUGCAGCACGCCGCCUCGGAAUCCGGCAGCGACGGCUCUGUCGGUCUGCCGUACAACAUGCAACAACAGCAACAGCCACAACAACAGCAGCAGCAGCAGAGGCCAAGGCCAAGGCUGGUGUUACGGCGGACUCCGCAGCCCCAGCCUCAACCGCAGCCUCUCGCCUUGCCGCAGCAACAGCAACAGCCACAACAAGUCAUGGUGGCCCGCCAGCCCGCCACCGCCGCCGCCGCCACCGCCUACCCUGCGGGUCGUACCUCCGCCGUGCAGCCUUGCGCCGCUGCCACCUCGAGCCGCCCUGCCUCUGAGAUUGUUAGUCACUCAAGCCUCGGAAGCGACUGGAGCGCCAUCACUGCAGCCAACGCAGGUCACCCAGAACUCUGCUGGCAUCCCGCGACGACGACUGCCCCUGCGACCAACAGCGGUACCACCUCUGUGCGCAACAGCCCCUCCGCCGCCAAGCCGUACGACACCCGUGAGUACGACGCUGCAUGGAACGCGAAUGUGUACAACGGUACGUAUGGCAGCGCCUCUGCCGCCACCACCACCACUACCACCACCUCCCAAGCCGCCGCGGCUGCUGCCGCCGCCUCCGUCGCCGCCGUCUCCGCCGCCAACGCCGUCAGCGCCUUCGCCGCCCGCAACGUAUGCGCUCCCGCCUCCGCCGCCGUUCCCUGCAACCUGCAGUACAACAUGCAGUACCCGACGGCGACGACGACCGCCGGCGCCUCCGCCAACCACUCCAUGAACGGGACCACCGCCUCCGCCAACUGCUACGGCUAUAGCGACGCCGGCAGCAGCGGCCCGACCGCCGCCCCCACUGCUUGGCAGUCGUACAACGCCAACGGCUCCGCCAGCGCUGCCGCCACCAUCAACCCCUCCGCCUCCGCCGCCGCCGCCGCCGCCGCCUAUUUCCAAGACGUCUCCGUCGCCGCCGCCGCUGACAUCCCCGCUGACGACGACGCCUUGUUCUCCCUCGUGGACGAUGACGAGUGGUGGCAGCAGAUGCUGCAGAGCGGCACUGCCAGCCGGAACUGCAGCGCCGGCGGCAGCGGUGCGAGCGGCUUCGACGUGAUUGAGAACUUCCCUGCGAUGUCUUCGCAGCUAGUGAUGUACCAGCAAAACGACGCCCCGGGUAUGGGUAUGGGUAUGGGUAUGGGUGCGGGUAUGGGUUUGAUGGGUGUUGCACCGAUGCAGCAGCAGCAGCCGAUGUCUAUGUCUAUGGGCGUGGCUCCUGUCAUGGGAAAUGAUGUGAUGGCUGCUGCUCCUCGGUCUUCGUACGGAUGCGCUACGGCCUCGCAUCUGUCGUACUCUCCAACGGUAGAUACGGAGCAGAUGUACGGAAGCGGAUGGGGGUACAGUGAUGGCGGCUUUGGUGAGGUGCUUACCAUGGGCCUAGGCGCGAUCAUUGACGCCGAUCUCCUGUCUUGCUUGGACGAUUGAGGCGAGGGAUUGUCGUGAAGGCGGGGUUGGUGCGUUGCGUUGUCAUCGAGUCCGACCGACCUUGCGCGUUUUGGUAGCGUGAUGUGUUCAUUGUGAUGUGUUCAUUGUUCGAUACAACGCUCUCUGCUGUGAUGUUGUGGUCACAGUGGAAACCGUGUGUGUGUGUGCCGAGUAUUGAUGUGUGCUUCUGUUGUAUGUGUGUUAGGCGAUUAUUAUGCGGGCGGUGUUUGUGUGUCUGUCGUGUUUUGGGCGCACGCACGACGGCAAUGGAGAAGAUGACCAGCUUUUACGCGCGUUUGGUUGUGUGUUCUGUCGAGUAGUCUGGGGUAUUUUGAUUGCAAGUACAGGCAGGAACAGCAGCAACAGGACGACACAGCGUACGUCAAAAGACAUGCUCCAUUUCUUUGGAUUAUGGCGACUAGUGUGCAAGUCCAAGCCGCCCUUGGCAUCGGCAUUUUAGCUGUCACAAUAUUCCCGCAUCUCGCCUUUUGACGUCGUUUGCACAUGUGGGCGGGCAAGCAGGGAACUGUGGAAGAGCUUUUGACGUGUGUUGUUCGCAUCGGCCUUUACGGCUUUACUAAAUGUACGACUACUAAGACCGUGGGGAUGUCAAUUGCGCCAGAGUGCGCAUGUGUAUCUAGGCAAUCUGAGGUUUUACACAUCGGGCACUUAGGCCCGAGGUAUUGUUGUCAGUUUAUUAGCAGGUUGGGCAAUGCCAACCUUACACGACGAGAGCUCCCUGCUUAGCUUUGCUAAGCUGGGCUGCCCUGGAGGUUGGGCUUGGUUUGGCAUGUGCGUAGGUUUUCAUACAUCGCAAUACAGUGGGACGGUGUGGGAUGUUACGGAAUGCAUCAACUUGUGCGCUUGGCAGGAGAUGCUGACGAACGGGUUGGUUCUUGGUUAGGUGCUCGUUGUGAACCUAAAUAGUAGUCGGAAACUCUGAUGAGGCAAAAAUUAAGUGCCGUACGUUGCCUCCGCGGUUGGUUAUCUAUCGCGGUUGGUGAUCUAUCUAAGGGUUUGGGUUUUGUACGGUUGGGCUGUUGCGCUUUGGGUUUGGUCAAGCGUCGAUCAACGUCGAUGUGGGAACAGAACUGUGGAUUAUUAAACCGAAGUCGGGCAACUUGUGCAAGUCAUACCGCAGGCCGUGUUUCUUCUCCGUCUUUAGGUGAUAGUUGUGCUGUCCUACACGCCUAGUAGGGCUUGUUCGCGUGUCUGAGGCUGCGUUUUUGUUUGGACACAAUUCGAACCGCCUAGAGAGAGUAUGUCGCCUCCAUGCAGGCAAGUGUAAGAGAAGGCGUAUAUGA